AUGAGAGUUAUCAUAUCCUCCAAGGUCAUACCGCACAAUCGACACCCUCCGUGGCUGUUUCGAGUGCGGUCCUCGACCUCGUUUAUCAUCACGACAGUGUGGAUGUCUACCUUCACCGACUUUCUUCUUUAUGCCAUGAUCGUCCCUGUCAUGCCAAGUGCACUCAUGACCCGCGCUAGUGUGGAGUACAACGAUCGCGAAUACUGGAUCAGCGUCCUCCUCAUGUGCGAAGCCGGCGCAUCUCUCCUCCUCUGUCCAGUCUUCGGCUACCUCGUCGAUACCGCCCGAACCCGCAAACUUCCUUUCGUCGGCGCCCUCGUCAUGCUAGCCUGCUCGAUGGCUAUCCUGCAAGUCUCACACUCGCUCGCAAUGUUCAUUGCAGGCCGACUACUCCAAGGUGCAGCGGGCGCACUAGUCGUGGUUGCUGGCUUUGCGGUUCUGAGCGACUCUGUGUCCCAAGAGUGCCUUGGACAGACAAUCGGUUAUCUGGGCUCCGCCAUUGCCUCUGGUUUCUUACUCGGUCCUUUCUUUGGUGGCUUUGUUUAUGAUACUUUGGGGUAUGAUGCUGUUUUUUGGGUGACGCAUGCCAUCAUUGUGGUUGACUUGACGUUGCGGGUGGCCAUGAUUGAAAAAGGCACCGUCGCUCUUUGGAUGCAAAAACCAGAUGGUGGAGCGGUCCUGAAUACCGACCACGAGGCUGAGUCGGGUACAGUGCUCGAGUCUGAUCAUUCUUCAGGAUUGAAUCGUUUCCCCAUGGUUCAGAUGCUUAAACAGCGUCGGGUCUUGAUCUCCUCCUGGGCACUGCUGGUGCAUGGUAUCUUGCUGUCAGCGUUUGAUGCUACUCUAUCGAUAUUCGUCGAGACACGGUAUGGCUGGUCUGCGCUUGGUAUGGGGCUCAUCUUUCUCCCAUUGGCAAUUCCUGCUUUCUUCGAGCCAUUAUUCGGAUACAUCACCGACCGCUAUGGCGCACGCUUCGUCGCAUUUGCAUUUUUCUUCCUCCUGUCCCCGACACUCAUCUGCCUAAGAUUCGUCGAAGCCAACACACCACCAAACAUUGCUCUUCUCGUCAUUCUACUUCUACUGAGUGGUAUCUUCAUCCACGGCUGUGCGCCAGCGAUGUAUGUUGAGACCCAGCUCGCGUUGGCAGAAAUGGAGCUCGAGAGACCCGACUCUCUUGGGAAGAAGGGGGCAGUGGCACAAGGCUUCGGACUGCAGUGCAUGUGUCAAUUCAUAGGAGUAUUCUUUGGUCCUCUUUGGGGAGGCUUCAUGAAUCAUCAGUUUGGGUGGGAGACAAUGUCGGGUACGUUGGGGGUGUUGGCAGCUUUGACGGCCAUGUCCAUGCUGUUUCUUGGAGAGUUUGAAGAUGGAUAUGAGGAAGAUGGAGAGAGGCGACCACUUUUUGGAUAA